UUGUAUGCUCAGCGUUACGACCGGGGAGAUGCGGGCCUUCUCCUUGAUCUGAUUUCAAUGGUCGGGCUUAAAGGCGCGAAUAUAGCGCACGUCCUCUCUGUGCUUCUCUAUUCUCUUCUCUUCCUUCUUCUCACAUUCACUUUGUUGGGACAGGGUGGUUCUAGCUUGACAUGGCAGCUCUUCUUGAGAUGAACGAGCAGGUUGACGGAAGGGCGGAUCAAGCAAAAGAGAGGCCAUCCUCACAUCUACCACAGCAGGAUGAGCAGCAGUCCAGCCACUUGUCAGGCACGCCACCCAUUCUCUUCCCACCUUCAAGCGAACACACACCACGUCUUUGGCCAUCGUGGUUUCCACCAGCUUUUCCAACAAGUGCAGGCACCUACCCUGUUUCGCCAUCCUUUACUGGCGACCAUUUUCCACCCGUCUUUUUCCAUGGAUUUGAUGAACAUGAAUGGAGUCCGUCUGUUAUGUCUACACACUCUGCUAUGGAGAAUCAAGAGAGUGGCAGUAGCGCUGGUGCGUACUCGACGUUUGGCAGCAACAGCAAUACUUUUUACUCAUACGCUUCUGCACCAUCCACAUUUCGCAGUAGGAGCAAAAGCUACGAUGAAAGCUAUCGUCUUGGACCACACACUGAGUCGGAAGCUACCGGACAGCAGCGUCUGCCCUCAUUGACUCCAUCACAACUUCUUUUUCGGCCGCCCCUGGAUGACUUUGCAGCAUCACAACAGCCAACGCAUGCUUUGUCCAUACCUUCUUCUUUUGCAUACCCAACAGCCAUUGGCCAACUCCCUGCACCUGUCACUCGGCCAUCUUUGCCAAGCUUGAGCUCACGUCGCGCCUCUGUGCCAACACCCAUCUCAUCAACGACCCCUUUCAAUCUACACAUGUCUUCCACAGCAUCAUCCUUCAGCAGUCGUUCAAUUCAGGCAGUCGCUGCAUCGAGUGUCUCGCCUCCAGAAAGCUCAUCGCGCGGUAGUACCAUUGUUCAGCCAGUACGUUCGCGCUCUGACAGUCACCCAAUCCUCCCAUCAACAACAAGUCCCUAUACAACACCUGUCAGCAAUGCGACCUUACGAGCAGAACGUGAAAGACUCACAAAAGGUUGGUCACAGGAAGAUGAUCUCCUCAUUAUUGAACUGAAGAGACGUCGAAACUACACCUGGAAGCAAAUCCAACGUGGCUAUUUUCCUGAUAAACGAGCAAGUGCGUUACAGGUGCAUUAUUCAAGGCAUCUAUCGAGAUUAACGGAAUCUGAGGUAGCAGCGAAGGAGGACGCGUAUCAGGAGAAGGCUUGGCAGCGUACAGUGUUGGAGAGGAAUUAUCAACCGAAUGCUGUUGCGUUGGCUUAUGAGGCGUUGGCGAAGCAGCGCGCAGAAGCAGCUGCAGCUGCUGCUGCUGCUGGGUACGGUGAGAGGGGUCAAGGUCGUUUUCAUGAGGAAGAGGGAGGAGACACAGCCAUGCAGCCACCCAAUGAGGAUGGACAGCAAUCGUAUACGGCUGUGACGGAGGGUUUACAUGAUCUUACACGCCACUUUACACGUUGAUCGGGGGUUCAACGGACGUUGAUUAUUCGGGGCAACAUAUUAGAAGCAUUACUUUUCACAGCAGCAGCAGGGCAUGCGCGUAUAGAUAGAUAGCAGGACGGAUUGGCAUCGUAUCAAUGGACAAAAGAAAAGGUCAUUAUGCAGUCAUGAGUAGUGUUUUUGAGUGAUUUUCAAUACGUGAUAUGAUAUGAUGUGAUGUGAAUGAACGCCUGUACAGCAGUGUCCUAGCAUAUCGCCUCUUGUACGUUGAUUGUCGCAAGGUGAUUUCCUGAGAUCAUGUCAAGUACAGAUGAGAGGAUGGCAGUCGAGAUGAAUGUCGUGCAGUGCAAUUGAACUGAGAUUCAUUAGAACAUGCUUAUGAGGUACUAGCGAACCGGUCAGCAACACAUUCAACAGAAGAACAAAAGAAGCACUUACGGGUUGGGGUUCAU